UUUGGGACAGCCUCUCACACAUCAUCUCUAUUAUAGCUUCACCAACUGGGAAAUUAACUCACCUGCAAUAUCGCCUACCAAAAUAACUUGCCGCGACUUUGACUACUCUACUGCCAUCUGACAUGGAAACCCAGCAAAGAUCCGGACACCUCUCACUUUGCCACACCUGCCGGAGAACAGAGAGCUGCAGGAUUAAGGUCAAAAAGAUGUGCUCGACGAGUCGUGCACUCUUUGCGCUGGCUCUCACACUCUACGUUGUGGAAAUGGCCUCGGCAGAGACGUUGUGUGGUGGAGAGCUGGUGGAUGCGCUACAGUUUGUGUGCGAAGACAGAGGCUUCUAUUUCAGUAGGCCAACCAGCAGGGGUAACAACCGGCGCACCCAGAACCGUGGGAUUGUAGAGGAGUGUUGUUUCCGUAGCUGUGACCUCAACCUGUUGGAGCAAUACUGUGCCAAACCCGCCAAGUCUGAGAGAGACGUGUCGUCCUCUUCUAUACAGAGCAUGCCAGUCAUGCCCGCACUAAAGCAGGAAGCCCCAAGGAAGCUGCAUGUCACCGCAAAGUAUUCCAAAUACGAGGUGUGGCAGAGGAAGGCAGCCCAACGGCUCCGGAGGGGUGUCCCUGCCAUCCUGAGGGCCAGAAAGUUUCGAAGGCAGGCAGAGAAGAUUAAAGCCCAGGAGCAGGCAAUCUUCCAUCGACCCCUGAUCAGCCUUCCCAGCAAACUGCCCCCUGUAUUUCACACCACGGACAACUUUGUCAACCACAAGUGAGCCCGCUGCCAGCCCUUUGCACAGACAAGAGUAUGAGGGUGACGAAAAAAAGACUAGGGGAUUAUAGCUUUGUCUCUGACGUCAUUUCUGUGGCAGUUCUCUUUGACCUCCCCUGCCCUGUCCGGGCCCACCAGUGCUCCCCCCUGCUCUUGUCCACCACGUCUUGAACCUCCGGCCCUUCCCUAAUGACCCCCCUCUUCCGCCUAAACCUCACCCACCCUCCUCUGGCAUACAAACAUGCCUUCACAUUCUUCCUGUCCUCUUUUGCCCCCUCCACUUUCAGUCACCAAUACAAAAGGAACAAACAUAAGAGUUGAACAGAACUCUAGCAAUUCAGCUGAAUGCAAUUCAGGUGGAUCCCCGAGCAAAAAGAGAAAAAAGGCGCAAGGGGAGUGAGAAGGAAGAUGAAAGAGACCUGUGUUUCCAAGUGUCAAGUGGACACCUCGUAGAAUGUUUCUUUUUCAUCCUGGUGGAAGACAACCGAAAGUGAAGAACAACUUGCAUGAAAGAAUCCAUUCCACAUUGUUUUUUUUUUUUUGUUUUUUUUUUUCACUUUGUCCUGAGACAAAAGAAAGCCUCUCUUAGUUCUUUUUUCUCUAUUAGUUUGCACCUCUACCUAUAAAGGGACUUCCACACUGUAAGGAAUUAUUUUGCAAAAUUAGAUUCCUGUUCCAGCACCUUUUUCAUCACAAACAAAAAGCAGAAAAGAGUCUGCAGAAUUGCACAUUGCCACGGAUUACGUCAAAGUAAACAAAAAAAGGCACUAUUUUUUUAUGAACAAUGAACGUUUAGCUUAAAAAAUAAAUGUCAUGGUGCUAGCUUUGGGAAUGGACUCAAAGAAGAGGUUGAAAGUAUGCUUUUGUUUUCCUUUUUUGAAUGAAUAUUAAACUUUCCGUUUUAAGGAAAGUGUGACUUUAAAAUAAAGAAAGGAAAAUAAAGGAUGUUGGGGGCUUCUCACAGUGGCAUUGU